GGACGCGCGUUCCUAGAGGAAAUAACUGGGAAUGCGACGGGACGGGGCAGGUGGGGGCGAAGAAUUUGGGUCUGACACAGCCGGCAGUCGGGGCUCCUCCGAGGAAGGGGCGCAGUCCAGCGCCGACGCCAGCACCUGCUGCUCAGAAUGUGUACAACUUUGGGGAAGUCGCCGUUUCGCCCGGGGACUCCGUUUCCGCGUCUGUAAGGCAGAGUGAAUCCCCACUUGGGUGUGCCGUGAGGCCCGGGCGACGGGGGAGGAAUGACUGGCUCGCGCCGCAGAGCGCGGGGUGCUGAGAUGGGGACGCGCGCGAGUCUCCGUCUAUUCGGAAAGCUGAAGCCGCCUCUGCUCCUCCGCCGCCCGGGUCCGCAGGUGGGAUGUGUCUUCUGGAAAAGUGGGCGGGUUCUUCGUGCUGACCCCUCCCUGCAUGCCCCGCCCCACGCACCCUUCCCUCUUUCCCGUUCGUCUUCCUCCUGGGGAACCAAUGAUCCGUCCAGCCGCGGGCCGCGCUCCGCCAGUGGGACUGGCGUUCCGGAGACUCGAUGCUCAGAUACGGUCUGCAAGCGGUCGGUGGAUGAACUCUGGUUCUCAGCCGGGAUCCUCCCUGUAGGGUCCGCUUCCUUCCACCCCCGGCCUCCCCUUAGAGGGGUUCCCGACCUUGAUAAAGGCAGGCUUCUGCGCCCCCUGGUGGUCAUACAUGGAAAAGUUUUUCCAGACACCUCAAGGAAGCAUCUUUCCUGGUUGAAAAGUUCCAACUUUUGUUCGUGUAUUGCUUUACAAAACAAAAAUCUCCCUCCCUGCUGCUAUUUCUUGCUCCCUCCCACUGCUAUUUCUUGCUCCUUGCCUUUGUCCAAACCUUUAAGAAAUGUAAUCUGUGCUUUCCAUGCAGGGAGAGCUGCUAUGGCGUUGUAGACGGAUUGCUGACACAGAGCCAGGAGGCCUGGGUUCUAGGCAGACUUUCUGCCACACAACAGCUGUCCCAUCACAUCACACAACCUGCAUUCUCCUUUGUGACAUGGGGGCUGGUCAAAACUAGUGGUUCCCAACCUUUUCAAGAUUAAGAAUGUCCUAUUGUCUUUGUUUUCAUUCAUGCAUCUCUUAUUUCAGAAGAUUCCAUAACCUUUUCAAAAUAUAUUUAUGGGAUAAUCAGAAAUUUGGAUUCCUCGAACUCAGAGGCAUAGACCAGAUCGGUGGUUGCCAGAGGUGGGGCUGCAAAAUGGAAGGAGGAGGUCAAAAGGUACAAACUGCCAGUUAAAAGUCCAGGGGAUGGGACGUACAGCACGGUGACCAGAGUUAACAAGAAUGUGUUGUGCAUUUCAAAGUCGCCGGACAGUAGAUCUUUUUUUUUUUUUUAAGAUUUUAUUUAUUUGACAGAGAUCCCAAGUAGGCAGA